UUGGAAUCCAGUAAAUCGUAAAACUGCAGUCGCGAGGUAAUUUCGAUGAAAUCGACUUUGGCUCGUUCUUUGGACCAAACGGAGCGAUAGCCAGGCAGAGUCAGUCAGACUUGGGCCGCCAGCCAAGACAGACGGAGAACCUCGAGGCAGCCUUCUGUCGAGCAUGGUCAGUCCCGACGCGAGCGUUUGCGCGCUCAUGAGCGAGUAAGGAGCAAGCUGACUGGAUCCUCCUUUGCUCUCCGUUGCUCCUCCUACCGCCUGCUGUCCCUCUGACGAUGAUCGCUUGGCCGGAUACGCACGUCUGCAGCGUCGACAACAGAUCGUCCAGGCGCAAACGCAGGAUGCAGGCCAGGACGAGCUGCAGUACGUCGAAGAGGGAGAAGCGCCCCAGCCAGGUCCCUCGGCGCUCGUACAGCUGCCCGAGGAGGACGGCGGCGUCAUGGAGCUCGACAACGUCAGCGUCAGAGACCAUCAAGCGUUCGCUGAACGGCAUCUCAGCGAUAUGAACCAAGAGGUCGAGGACUUCAAGGUCUUCACAUGGAAUCUGGUCGACUACCGACGUCAGAGCAAGCGGCUUGUCUCGCCAGAGUUUGAAUGCGGCGGCCACAAAUGGAAUAUCUUGCUCUUUCCGAUGGGCAACUCGACAGGGCAGGCGAACGACAUGGUCUCUGUCUAUCUCAACUAUGGCGAUCCGAAGCAUGCAAAAGAGGGCUGGCAUGUCUGCGCCCAAUUCGCGCUCGCGAUCUCCAAUCCGAACGAUCCCACCGUCUUUAUACAAUCCCAGGCCCAUCAUCGUUUCAACAACGAAGAGCAAGACUGGGGUUUCACACGCUUUGUCGAGCUGAGGAAGCUCUUUACACCUGCCGAUGGCCGCCCGAGGCCGGUCAUAGAGAACGAUGAGACCGAGAUCACCGCUUUCGUCCGGGUACUCAAAGAUCCGACCGGCGUGCUAUGGCACAACUUCCACAAUUAUGACUCGAAGAAGGAGACUGGCUAUGUAGGACUGAAGAACCAAGGCGCGACAUGCUAUAUGAACUCACUGCUGCAAUCCCUCUUCCUGACCAGCUAUUAUCGGAAGGCGGUGUACCAGAUACCGACCGAUGGUGACACCCUUGACAGCGUGCCUUUGGCGUUACAGCGCGUCUUCUACCUGUUACAGACAUCAGAUCAACCUGUCUCAACAACAGAGCUCACAAAGUCGUUUGGCUGGAAAGGAUUCGAUUCGUUCUUGCAGCACGACGUGCAAGAGUUCAACAGGGUCCUGCAAGACAAGCUGGAAGGCAAGAUGAAGGGCACUUCUGCCGAUGGCGCCAUCAAGACACUCUUUGCCGGCAAGAUGCGAAGUUACAUCAAAUGCAUCAAUGUCGACUACGAAUCCUCGCGAUCCGAAGAUUUCUAUGAUAUCCAACUGAACGUCAAAGGAAUGCGCAACGUCGAGGAAAGCUUCAGGAACUACAUUGCCGAGGAGAUCAUGGAAGGCGAGAACAAAUAUCACGCAGAAGGGUUCGGGCUACAAGACGCAAAGAUGGGAGUCAUCUUCCAGACGCUACCGCCCGUGCUCCACCUGCAACUCAAACGAUUCGAAUACGAUAUGAUGCGAGACGUCAAUGUCAAGAUUAACGACAGAUACGAAUUUCCGUUUGAGAUUGAUCUUGCGCCAUAUCUUGACAAAGACGUCGAUACUUCAGAGAGCUACGUCUACAAUCUGCAUGGCGUGCUCGUGCACUCCGGUGACGUGCAUGGCGGUCAUUAUUUCACUCUCAUCAAACCAAACCCGGAAGCCAGGUGGCUGCGCUUCGACGACGAUCGUGUCGUGCAUGUCACCGAUCGAGAGGUGCUCGAGGACAAUUUUGGCGGCGAGAUCCUCAAUGGGCUCGAUCACAAUGGUGCGAGGAUACCACCGGCGAAGAACGCCACCAAGCGCUUCACAAACGCAUAUAUGCUUGUUUACGUGCGCGCGACAAUGGCACGCCAGAUCCUUGCGACCGUGACAGAGCAGGACACGCCAACACAUCUGCGCACGCGGCUCGAGACCGAACGGAAAGAAGCAGACGCAAAGAGGCGGGAGCGUGAAGAACAACAUCUUUACUUGACUGCAAAGAUCAUCACCAACGAGACCUUCGGCGAGCAUAGCAAUUUCGAUCUUGCGACCUUUGAGGACAGAGCGGUGCCGCCGACUGAUUUGCCGACUUUCCGCGUGCUCAAAACGAGGCCUUUUGUGGAAUUCAAAGAGCAAGUCCUCAAGGAGCUCGAAGUGCCACCGGGCGAUGUCAGGUUAUGGGUGCUCGUCAAUCGACAGAACAAGACUGUGCGACCUGACGCACCCGUUCCCGAGAACGAUCCGACCUACACAGUCGAUGCCGUCAGGGAUCGUAUGGCAUCGAGGCAGUAUGACCUAAAGCUCUAUCUUGAACAUUCGCCGCCUGGAGAGCUCAAGAAGUGGCACGAUAUGUACCCUGGCGAAACGCCCAUUAUGAUCUUUGUAAAGCAUUUCGAUUACGAGCAACAGACACUCAAAGGUGUCGGCCACUUCUAUGUGCAUCGGCAACUUAGAGUAGCUGACCUGGUCACCAUGAUCAACCAAAGGAUGGGAUAUUCACCGGACACUGCACUCAAAGUCUACGAAGAGAUCAAGCCGACCAUGAUAGAGCUCAUGAAGCCCAAAGCGACCUUCCUGCAGUCAGAGAUACAGGACGGCGAUAUUGUGUGCUACCAAAUUGACCGGGUACACGCGCCCGAAGGGCCAACAGAUAAGCCACGACUUUAUGCGAAUCCGAUCCAGUUCUAUGACUACUUCCAACAUCGCGUCUUGCUGCAUUUCAGGCCGAGGCUCGACAGUGUGGCCGAGGCAAAGGCGCCCGAAUUCGAUCUAGUUUUGAGCAAGACUGCAUCAUACGAAGCAAUGACGCAGCAAGUAGGCGCACAUCUCAAUCAUGAUCCUGCGAAAUUGCGAUUCACUUCUGCCAAUCAGCAAGGACUACCGAAGGCGAUCAUCAGGCGGCAGCAGCACGCGACCGUUGCCGACUUUGUCUUACCGAACAUGCAGCAAAACGCGGGCCAGAAUCUGCUCUUCUACGAGCUCCUAGACAUCUCACUGGUCGAGCUCGAGACCAAGAAGAACAUCAAGAUUACCUGGAUGGGCGCGCACAACAAGGAAGAGAGCACACAUGUCUUCCUCAUGCCAAAGACGAGCUCGAUUCUCGAUAUGACUGAGCAACUCAAGACGCUCGCCAAAAUCUCUGACGAAGUCAAGAAGAUAAGGAUUUUCGAGGUGCUCGGCGGGCGGAAGCAGAAAGUCUUUGCGUCUGGCGAGAUUAUUCGCGAGAUCCAUGAUGGCACCGAGCUAUAUGCCGAGGAAGUGCCUCAAGACGAACGAGAAGCGAGGGACGGCGAGGAUAAGGUCGUGACUGUGUUCCACUUUGCCAAGGAGCCUAGCCGGACGCACGGUGUGCCUUUCCGGUUUGUAUUGCGGCCGCACGAGAAGUUUGGCGAUACGAAGAAGCGGUUGCAAGUCAGGAUGGGCACGAACGAGAAGGAGUUCGCCAGGAUGAAGUUCAGCUUGAUACAGCCAUCGACUUACACCAAGCCGUCCUAUGUGGCAGACGAGGACGUCCUGAGGGAUCACAAAUGGCAAGAUGAUGACUUCUUAGGGGUCGAUCACAUCGAUCGGACCACCAAGCGGGUAGGAGAGCGCGCGGUGGUCAUCAGAUGAGUCCACGCUGCCGUCUAUGCAUCCAUAUGUCAUCUGCGCUUUGGGUAUCGCUACACAUUGAUACACUCUUGCUAUCGGAUUAUUCGAAAAUGCCAGUAGACUUUCCUCUUACAUCGUAACGCUUGCCGCGAAUGCCAUACACGCCGCCGCCGUUUGUCUUGACGCAGACGC